CACAGGAGAAACGAUGGAGUUAGGUCAUGCCGACCCUGGACAUCCACAGCCAGCCAACAAGGUUGAAGAUAUUGAGGCAAAACCUCCGACAUUUCCGACAACCCAAGAGCUUUCUACUUCAGCAAAAAAAGAAUCCUCUCCACUUUCUAACGUACCACCAGACAUGCCAUCUCAAGGUCCGCCUUCACUUGCUAAUGGCGACGACCGCGCCCGUGAUCGUGAGAGCGGUGCAUCUC